AUGGCGGACGCGGUGUGCCCGCCCCCGAUCAGCAAUGGGAUGCUGUCGACCUUCACGCUCGAGAUGGACGACGAGAGCGCGGCCGGUGCGGGCCCGUUCCGCCACUCGCUCAACGACGUGACCGCCGCGCGGCUGCGGCGCUACCACCAGCAGAGCGACCGGAGGCUGCACGCCACGCUGCAGCUCUUCCGGGAGCGCACGGAGCGCGAGCGCCGGUCGCGCCUGCGCCUCAGUCGCUCGCCGCUGAGCGUGGCGGCCCCGGAGCUGCCCCGGAUGGCCGCUCCCGGCCGCAUGGCCGCCGUGGAGGCGCGCCAGUGGAAGCUGCUGCGCGAGAGCAGCGACAUCCGCGUCUACCGCCUCAAGGCGCGGCAGGAACGCACCUCCACCGUGCAGGCAAUCGGCACCGUGCACGGCUCGCUGGGGGACGUCAUGAACGGGCUCUACGCGGACUCGACGCGCACCGCCAGGGUGCUGCAGAUGCUGCUGAGCUCGCGCUCGCUGGACGCGCGCGUGCUGCAAGUGGACAAGAGCAGCACGGAGGCCAAGCCCUUCCAGUUCUCGGGCAUCGUGUGGACGGCGCUCAAGCUGCCGGGCCUGGGCUUCUGCAGACACAGGGACUUUUUGUGCUUCAAGAAGAUGGAUCUGUUCAAGGACGAGCUGGGAGAGGAUAUGGGCUACGUGGUGCUGCACUCCAUUGACCCCCUGGCAGACGAGAUCUCCCCGCAGGUCUCGAGCUUUGAUACCUACGCGGCGACAGGAGCCACGUGGCCGCCGCUUAAUCAGGGACACCAGAACCGCACGCGCAGCGCCAGCUCGGCUGGAUUCGGCUCGGGGAACUUUGUGCGUGGGUUUAUCUCGCUGGCGAUUGUGUUCAAGAGUGUAGGCGAAGAUCGCGUGGCCAUGUUCGCCCACGGCCAGUUCAACCCCAGUGGCCGCUUGCCGCCGCUGCUUGGAGAUAGCUGCAUCGCUGAGUGGCUGACGUCCAUCGCGAACACGGUGCAGAGCGGCCAGGCCAAGAACUUGUCGCUGCUCUUGGUUGGGCAGAGGCAAACAGGUGCAGGUGUAGACCACUCGGGCUCUAGACAGCGCUGUGGGGUGUGUGCGCGGUCGCUGUUCUUCUGGGAUACCCCGCGGAACUGCCGUGGCUGCUGGAAGCCGUGCUGUCGUACGUGCCGCGUGACCAAGCCGAUCUUCUGCGCUCACUACCAUUCCAGUAAUGCUGCAGCGGGUCAGACGUCGGGCCCAUGCACCGAGACGUUCUGUCUCGCUUGUGUAUGUGCAGUGAUCCCCUCCGGCGCUACCAUCAACGCUCGACUGAUCAAGCGCUUGGCCAAGAAACGCAAACGUGCGCCGACCUUCUUCCGACCCACAAUGACCGCGUCAUCGAUCACGGACGGCUCACUUCCUCAGCACCAGCAACAGCAGGCGACAGUCUCUGAGCGCGCGGAACGACUGCUUGCAGCUGCUGAGAUGUCCUCCAUUUCCGUGUUGUCAUCGCUGGAGUCGGAGAAGCAUCAGCAACACCGAUUGAGCCUGAACGCUCGGCCGAAGAAGCGGGCGUUCUUGCAGUCACAACCGGAGAUCACCGGCCAGGAGGUUGAAGAUGGUGAGGUCGAGGACGCCGCGAGCACAAUGCUGGAGGUGCUGGAGCACUACCAGAUUCGUCGCGGGGGUACCGGGUCCGUCAUUUCGGGGGUAUCGUCGUCGAACGCGGGGACUUCGCUGCGAUCGUUCACGUCCGCGGACUUGGCGACUUCAUCGAGCCUCCUUCUCGGGCGAUACCCCUCUGGAAACAGUCUGCUCACGCACAACAACCAGAGCUUCCUCCAACGACCUAGUGUUCCUACGACGACGCGACAGUGCCAAACGCCGAUGGAGCGUCGUGGAUCAAGAGCUUUCCAGAACCAGAGCAGCUUCUGGCUGCCGAACCAGUCGGUCUUGGUGAAGAAGACGCAAGAAUCAUCGCCCCCGCUUGACGACGAAUACUACCAGCGUUUGCUGCAGAACUAUCUGCUUCACACCAACAGCAGUCGCAGCAUGGUGAGCGCGCUAUCGUUCAGCAGCUAUGGUGCCAAGUCGGCGGUGCCCCAGCCGCCACACUCGCAGGAAUCCAACGUCCUCUCGGAACCGCAAUCGGAGCCUCCCAGUGAUACUCGAGCUAUGUCAAGCUGCUCGCCUACCAAUGGGUCCAUGUCGCUUCCACCGGAGGCGGUCAUCUAUCGCCGGUUCAAAUGA